AAAAAGAGAACCUCUUUUGAACAAGCUCCCCGAAGAUAAGCACCUAACAUUGCCGGGUUCCUUCCUUUAUUUGCCAUGGCAGCUCAAAUGUUUUAGAGAAUCGAUGUCUUCAAGCCGAGCCGUGGGCAUCGCAACAUUUUAAAGUUCAAAUCAUAUUUGCAAUUGGACUAACCUUCGUAUUUUCGUCAUUUUUCUUCGAAGAGGAAUUAUCUGAUUCAGAUUGCUUACAGAAAUGUCAAGUAGCUUCAGGAGUGACAUCGAUACUUCUUUUCAUGCGGAGGAACUCUUGAAAAUUAAAGCAAGAUGUAGAGAGCUUAGAAAAGAGAAGGACAUGGUAAAUUGUUCACAAUCCAAAACCUUUGAGCUACUCCAGAUAAUAGAACUACAUGAGAAGUCACUAUCAGAGGCUAGUAUAAAAGAUAAGAAGCACAUACAGAGGUUGGAAGAGGAGCUGUUGAACUGCUCUCAGGAAAUAGAUUACCUUAAGGAUCUGCUUAAUGGAAGGAACAUGGAGGUUAACUACCUGCAAGAGCUUGUUUACAGCCUCAAAUUGAAAAUAAAAGACAUGGAAGGUUUACAAGAUGAGGUUUUCAGGUUAAAGGAGGAGCUGCAGAGAUCGAAUUCCGCGCAAUUUUUCUUGCUGAAGGAAUUAGAGACUAAAGAAAUGGAAUUGGAGAAGUCAACAUUAUCUGUAGAGAGAUUGGAGGAAUCAAUUUCAUCCAUGGCAUUAGAGUCAGAGUGUGAAAUAGAGUGCAUGAAGCUUGACUUGAUGGCCUUGGAGCAGAGUCAUUUUGAGGCUAAGAAAAUACAGGAGGAAACUCUUAAAAAAAACACUAGAAUGAGUAGAUUGAUUGAAGAGCUUCAGUUUAAAAUUCAGGAAGCCGAAAAACAUAUUGUCUCUAUAAAUGAGGAAAAUAGGAAGCUUAAGAAUAAGAUUGAUGCCGUCAACAUGAACACUAGAAAUUUUUCUCAGAAGGUUGAAGAGUGGCUAGAAAGCAAGGACAGAUCACAACUCAAUGGUCUGUCUUCCUUGAGUGAACAAGAGAAUGAUUCUGACAUAUCAAAGUAUACAAGUGUUUAUGGAGAAGUAUUGGGUCAACUCCUUGGAAGACUAGCAUUGGCGUUGGAAACAGAUGUAGCUGUUAAGGAGGAUAUGGAGAAGAUGUCAAAUCAGAUGCAAGAGUAUAAAAUACUUGUGGAGAAACUUAAAGAAGAAUUAAGAGAAGAAAAGUUGAAGGCCAAAGAAGAAGCAGAGGACCUUGCUCAAGAAAUGGCAGAGCUUAGAUAUCAAGUUACAAGUUUGUUAGAAGAAGAAUGUAAGCGUCGUGCUUGCAUUGAACAGGCAUCUUUGCAGAGAAUUGCAGAGUUAGAAGCACAGCUUCAAAGAAAACAGGGAAAAUCUUUAUUUGCUGUCAGCGGUCUUCCUGAAACGUAGAGACUGGCAUUGUUCAAAGUUCUUCGAGUUCAUUAGAAGAAAAUCAUCUUAAAGAUGAACUGAGAGAUGUAGGAUCUCUUCUCAUAUCUUGGUUCGAAGAGAUUCAUUUCAAACCCCAAAAAGAAAAACGAAGUGAUUGUACAGAAGAAAGAACUGCCUCUUGCGAGGGCUUUUGGUGACAUGGGGUGCGAGAACUGAUGUCAAUAUGUUGAAAUGUUGUACAGAUUCCUGAGAGAGCUUGCUUUCGUUUUCUCUCUCUCUCUCUCUUCUUUCUGGCAAUAGAAGUAAGCUGAUGCCUCGAGAUUUUUUUGCAAGGAUGGGAAUGUCUGUUGUGCAGGAUUGACUUUUAAGUCUGAUUUUGUUAUUUGAUCUUCUUUGGUUCAUUUACAAUACAAGUUUCAAUCUGGAGUCAGAUCCUCUCGUUGUCCA